GUAAAAUCAUAAAAGAGACACCACCGCCCCAACCAAAACCAAUGACCUAGGAAGGAGGCUAAGCCUAGGUCUUGUGUAUCCAAGAAGGAUCGGUGAAAACAAACUGGUUAACUAUCUUGUCAUGUAAAGUAAAGGUACAAGAACUUCUAGUCAUGGCCGGAAAGAGUUUUGAGUAUACUAAGGUUUUGCAAGGAUUGGCAUUAGUAGGUGGCAGUGACUUUGAAAGCUGGAAGCAUCUGUGUGCGAAAUCUGGAAAUAUACGAAAAGCAGCUUUGGAAGACAUUGACAACCCGUUACAACUUAUCGAACUGAUGGAACGAAAAAAUCUUCUCAGUGAAAAUGAUGUCUCAAUGUUAGUGAGUAUUAUGCAGGAACUGGGCAGAAUUGAACAAUCAAAUAAACUGGUUGAGUACGAGAAAAAAUGGGCAUUGACGAAGGAAACGCAAACAACAAAAUACAAUGAUUUACUUACAAAAUUUGAUCACUCAUUGAAUGACAGUGAAGUCCAACAAUUGAAAUUUUUGUGUCGCAACUACCCAGGAUUUACACCGGACAAGAGAGCUACGAUGCAGACUUCUUUAGAAAUCUUUGACCAUCUGGAACGAGCUAUUGUGCUUGAUGAAAAUGAAACCUCUGUUUUGAAGGACCUCAUGAAACAAAUUGGUCGACUGGAACUUGCUAAAGAUGUUGAGACAUACGAAGAGAAGUACCAAGGAAAGUCAGGUCUAAUUGAUGCUCAGCAGGAAGGCCUUGAAGACUUAAGAGAAGAGUUUGACGUAGUUGUCAAAUACAUUGGGAGGAACUGGCGGCAACUUGCACGCCGUCUCAGGGUCACGGAGGCCGACAUUGAUUGCAUCAUGGUGAAACAUCCAAACAAUCUACGAGAGCAGUCAAGAGAGUCCUUAAAGAUUUGGCAGAUUAACAACAGAAGUGCAGCCACCAAAGCAGCACUAAUAAGUGCAUUACGAAAAUGCGAGUUUAAUUACAUUGCCGAUGUCAUGGAAAAAAAGAUUACCGAGUGAUACUGAAUUAAACCUCAUAUUAUUUGAAAGCUUAUAAAUAAACUUUAUAGGUUGAAAUAGAAGGAUCAGAUUUUUGUCUUGAACCUUUAAAAAUUGACUUUAAGGCUUAAGCCGAGCACUUACUGCACCGGACAGACGUCAGCCUGUACGCAGUGCAUGGCGUGUGCGCAACGGAUCGUUUUUAAUGACGAUCCGUUCAGACUGCCACCGAAAAUCUACAGACGGCAUCGUGUCGUCUAGCGCUCACAGGGACCGGAAAUCAUCGGCAAACGGUUGUUCGACCGUCGUACGAUGCAAUAAGUGCCUGGCUUUAUUUGCACGCUGCAUCAAUUGAUGCAAUUUCACGAAGUCCUCAAAGUGUGUUGAGAAAGGAUGUUGUACAGAUGUCAAGCAACACAUCCUCGAAGACAGUUUGUGCAAUGAUUUCAAACACAAGUUCUCAUAAGGAACAAGAUGGAUUCGUUUUGACAUUUGGUUGAUACAGCGAAGUCAGCAUUUACAUCACAGAGUACAGUAGUUGAGAAAAUUUUUUGCAAAAUAGCAUCAACCGGGGAAAAUGCUUUAAAGUGUAAUUACAAAAUUACUGAUGAUUAUGAAAAAAAGAUUACAACAUAAAUAUGAUGAUGAAUGGUUUCAGUUUUCUUAGAAAUAAUAGGAUAAAGGUUUUUGUUUCGAAGUUUUAAAAAAAUGACUAAAAAUAUCAUAUUAAACAAUUAUUAUAGUUGAUAUAACAACAACAGAAAAAUGUCUUUAUUGAUGCUUAAAGAUGGUGUUGGAUGCUAAAGUGAUUUCAUCUUGUACUGUACUAUAUUUUCUUUAUACAUUGUCAUAUUUAUAUCAUCUGCAAUCUUUGAUCUGACUGAUUGCAGUGAUUUCUAAAGUUGGGCACACACUUCGCUGGUGGUCGUCGACUGACUCGAUUCCAUAGAGAAUGCAACACGAUGAGGCUUGUGCAACAGAUCGUUGUUAGUAGGGAGCUUUGUUGGCGCGAUGCUAAAACAAAAUCUUUCAUGCGUGACCAUCCUACCGGGCGUCCUACGUUCUCUGCAUGCGUAGAUUUGACCAAAUUGCAUCCUAGAAUCCACGCGACUAGAAAAACUUAUGUUCUCACAUGCGCAGAUGAUUUUUAGUGACUUCGUUACGUUCUACGUCCUACCGUCGCCUCCCUAUGAUGAUGCGCCCAGACCGCCACCCAUAAUCAGCUAAUGGCGUUGCAUGGCAAGCACCUCACAGAGAGCAGAGAUGGAUGCAUCGGUUGACAGACAGUCGUAAGACCAUUUUACAACAUAUUAUGUGCUCGACUUAAGACUUGUUUAUAAGACUUGAACUUUAACAUAUAUUAAACAAUUAUUAAUAAAUUUAUGAAGCUAUGCAGUACAAGGAAACUCUACAAAAUUGGAUAAUUAAAAUCAAAUGCAUGUAAAUGUUUUUUAGGGGAAUUUUGAUUAAUUUAAUGGUGAACUAAAAUGAAAUUCCGAAAGGACAAUUAAGUAUAUUGAUUAGUCUUCGACUUCUUAAAUUUCAGUGAUUAAAUGUUCGUUACAGUAUUCUAUCAUGUGAAACAAUUAAUGUAAAUAAACCGAUUUAACACAUGCUGUUCCAUUAAAAAAUAUGUAAUAAGCAAUAUAAUAUGUUCAACCCUACGUCGUGUGUGGUGGUCUGUGGGUGGUGGUCUGUGGGUUCUUAGUUUGAUUCCAUUGUUUCAGUUGGAUAACUGAAAUACAAGUUGCUAUAGCAAUUGUUAAAGAUAGUAGUUGUCAAUGGACCGUUUAUAGCACUGAUGAACUUUCGGCCUACUGUACACGACCGUCAAGAAAUUCAGGGAACAGUUUGUAAAACAAAGAAAACCUAAAGAUACAUUCUAGAAAUUGAGCUCUUACAGGCAAAAAAAUUGCCAACACUCAGACUUUUCUAGCUAAAACUUUGCAAGUAUAUUAUACUAUGAAAAUGAGUAAAUGCACAAUAAGAUUAAAAUGUUUAUCCUGAUUGUAGAAGAGAUAUAUUUGCAGAAAAACUAUAAAAAUAAUAUUAAUUACAACUUAUUGUAUGCUGUGUCAUAGUGAACAGGACUAUUUGACCUUUGUGCACAUGGGCCACUAAUAAUUAGUGCAUGGUUCAGGUGGUAAAAUAAGAUUGGUACUCUUAUUAUUUUCUCGGAAAAUAUAUUAGUUAUCUAUUAAUAAUUAAGCUUUUAUUGCAUUUUUGCAUUCAGAUGUUUUAAAUGUUGAAAAGUCUUUUUAAUCAUCUAAUGAUAAUCAAGUUUUUAUAACAUUCAGAAUGUUUUCUUUGUUAAUGUGUUUACCCAAUAUACUUUUAACAAACUUUAAUUUCUUACUUUGUAUAUCUAAGUUAGGUUUAGUAGCUUCCAAUUGAAAAUCAGAAUAAGAAAUAUUAUCAUGUUGAGUUUUGUGUAAAACAGUCUGGAAACUGAAAUGUUUUGAUCCAUUUUUUGAUGGUCUUCAUUGGCGGUCCAGGAAUUUGCAAUAGAGGGGGCCCAGAGAGGGACUUUCACAGAUGGAGGGUCCAUACUACUUCAGCUCCACCAUGGUUGGGGCUGAGGGAAGGAAAUUUAUGAUUAUGGCACCUCUAGAGGCCGGAAAUGCACUCGUAGACUCAAAAUUUGAGUAAAAUUUUCUUUUUUUCUCAAUUUGUUUUUAAUUUGAAAAAUUUAGGAGGUGGGGCAUGGGGUGCCCUGGACCAGCUGGACACCCUUGAAUCCACCACUUGUCUUAGGAUGCAAGAUGUAUUGUCCCUUUCAAAAUUUAGUAGAAGUAAAAUAAAAAAUGAUCUACUUAAGCAUAGAAAUUAGUGUAAGAAAUGUCUACGCUUAAUUUUACUGCGAAAAAUGAUAGAAGCACUUCCAGUCACUGGAAUUGUUAAUAUUAUUUUUAUUAUAAUUUUUAAAAAUCAGGGUACACAUUUGUUUACUUCAGUAAUUUCUAUGCUCGAGUUAAAAAUGUGUACAUCACUGCAAAAUGAGCAAGUUAGGCCUACCGUAUUAACUCGCCUGACAGCAGAGUUUGAGAAGAUUUUUUGAUGAUUUUUGUAUGUCGGGCGUAUAAGAUGACCCCCAUUUCACCGUCAGAAUUCAUACUUUCUGCUGCUUUCUAUGGUCUUGAUACUGCAUCCAGCUGGCUAAAAACGGAGCUAUAUUUAGGGCUAAUCUUCCAAAUAAUACCAUUUUAUGAGAUUUUAAAUGUUCAUAAAAAUCUCAUUUCCCUGUAUUUUAAAAUUGCAUUCAUUCAUACUAACAUUUUAGUAGCUUAAUUGCAGUUUAGUAAAUUAGCAUGUUACAGACGAUCCGCACAAAAGACAAACAUGAUUUUUAAAAUCUGAAAUUUGUUAUGUUGCGCAUGUAGGCAUACAUGCCAAGUUACACUAAUUUGCAGGAGCGAUAUAUUUGUUCUAAAAAAUCCCCCCCCCCUCCUCCUGAAAUGUAUUCUUUUUGCCACUUUUUGGGUGGUAUUUUUACAAAUGAGAAUCUAAGAAUCAGCAUUUUUCUUACGAUUGAUUUUUCUGUCGUGUCCUAUCCCACUGACACAAGCUGCUGUCAUUGUAUUCUCUAAUGCUGUUGAUGCUGCUAGUUUGAUCUGAUUAAAAAACUAGCAAGAGAAGUUUUUAUCUGACAUGAUUUACUCUUCCAGAAAACUGUAACACAUGCAACGUAUUGCCCGGCCCGCUAUAUUCUAGGCAGCUCAAUUUAAUUGGUUGAGCGUUUUACUUAAGAUAGAAAGCAAACUCAACUCAACCCUGGUGUAGUGUGCCAUUUUUAGUGUGUAACAAAACUAAUCCUAUUUUAAGUACAGCUUAUGAUUUAUAUUUAGCGAGAUGACUACAAAUUAGAUAUUUUUUUAAUCAUAGGCAAUAUUACCCUUAAGCGCGAGAGCGACCUCAAAUUUUAAGCAGUGUAUGGUGUUAGACGAUCCCUGUUUUUCAAUCAUAAUUUGCUAUUUUAAGCCUAGUAUAUGCAGUCAUUUUUAGGGGACAAUAUGUCUUCUGUUUUGAUUAUCUUACUUUGUUGAAUGUGAUUUUUACAUAUUCAUUUUUUAAGAAUUGAUCUCUAAAAUUAACUGAGGGUACAUAUUUAGGCGAUAAAGUUAAUGCUAUAUUAUAAUACGCUAUGCAGUUUACACAGAAAUAAUAUAGGGCAACAACCUACAUAUACUGCUCUGUUGCACAAGUGGUUCAAAAUUUCAUCCUUGUAGCAUUCUCAUUUUCUAAUGGCAACAUUAUUUAUGUGAAUAAAAGAGAUGGAUUUCUAUCAGA